AUGGUGUUUGGUCCUGAGACCUGUCUUUGUGUGGCAGAUGUGGGCUCCGUGGAGGGCUUGGCGUACCACCGCGGCUGGGACACUCUGUACUGGAGCAGCUCCACGUCCUCCUCCAUCAGCCGCCACACUGUGGACCAGACCCGAGUGAGCGGCUUCUACAGAGAGGCUGUGAUCACGCUGUCGGAAGAGGACCAUCCGCACACUCUGGCCCUGCAUGAGUGCCACAGCCUGAUGUUUUGGACCAAUUGGAAUGAGCAGAGGCCCAGUAUCAUGAGGUCCACGCUGUCGGGGAAAAACAUGCAGGUCAUCGUCAGUUCCGAUAUUCUGACUCCCAACGGCCUUAGCAUUGACCACCGAGCCGAGAAGAUCUACUUUUCUGACGGGACGCUGGGCAAGAUCGAGAGAUGCGACUUUGAUGGCUCCAACAGAUACGUAAUUAUCAAGUCUGGUUCUGGAAACUUCUAUGGUCUGGCCAUCUAUGCAGACUUCAUGUACUGGUCGGACUGGGGUCGCAGAGCAGUUCUCCGCGCCAACAAGUACACGGGAGCUGAUACCAAAGUCCUACGAGCCGAUAUACCUCAUCAGCCUAUGGGAAUUAUUGCUGUUGCUAGGGAUACCAACAAUUGUGAGAUGUCUCCGUGUCGACACAUGAACGGAGGCUGCGGAGACCUUUGCCUUCUGACGCCGCAGGGCCGGGUCAACUGCUCGUGCCGAGGGGAACGCAUUCUGCUCGACGACAACAGAUGCGUGUCUGAAAACUCAUCCUGCAACAUCCACACCGAGUUUGAGUGCGGAAACGGAGAAUGCAUCAACUACCAGCUCACCUGUGAUGGAGUGGCCCACUGCAAGGAUAAAUCAGACGAGAAGAUGCAGUACUGCGAGAACCGCAGCUGCCGUCGGGGCUACCGAGCGUGUUACAACCAGCACUGUGUGUCCAACAGCCUCUUCUGCGAUGGCGUGGACCACUGUGGGGACAACUCUGAUGAGGCCUUCUGCACCAAUGUCACAUGCAGCUCAUCAGAAACAUCCUGCAAAGACGGGAGCUGCGUGCCGAGCUCCUCAUGGUGUAACCAGGUCAUAGACUGUGCCGACGCCUCCGACGAGAAGAGCUGCAACCACACCGACUGCUCCCACUUUUACAAGCUGGGGGUGAAAGAGAGAGAAUUUGUGAGCUGUAACUCCACCUCUCUGUGCAUCCACCCCUCGUGGAUCUGUGAUGGGGCCAACGACUGUGGAGACUAUGCCGACGAGACCAACUGUCAGGUCUCUCAUGGGCAGAAGUGUGAGGAGGGACACUUCGCUUGUCCAAGUGGAAACUGCAUCUCCAGUGUUUGGUUGUGUGACGGCCAAAAGGACUGUGAGGACGGAGCCGAUGAGUUUCAGUGUGACUCCUCUUGCCUGUGGAACCAGUUUGCAUGUUCUAAAAACAAGUGCAUUGCAAAGCAGUGGCUGUGUGACGGGGAGAACGACUGCGACGACGGUCUGGACGAGAGCAUGCAGAUCUGCGGAUCAGUGACUUGUGCCCCUGGUCUGUUCAGCUGCCCCGGCUCGUACGCCUGUGUGCCCAAGCGCUGGCUCUGUGACGGCGAGAGGGACUGUCCCGACGGCAGUGACGAGCUCUCUGCUGCUGGAUGUGCACCCAAUAACACAUGUGAUGACACCUCAUUUCGCUGUCACAACAAAGCCUGCAUCCCUCAGAGAUUCGUGUGCGACCACGAUGAUGACUGUGGAGAUGGAUCGGACGAGUCAGUUGAAUGCGCCUAUCGCACAUGCCGAUCAGAGGAGUUUCGCUGUGGGGACGGUCGCUGCCUGCUCAGUGCUCAGUGGGAGUGCGACGGCUACGCGGACUGCCCCGACCACUCUGAUGAACUGCCUCUCAACCUCAAAUGUCUGGCCGCAGGAAGCUUGUGCAAUGGCUCCUUUUUCAUGUGCUCGAAUGGUCGCUGCAUUUCCGAGGGCAGCCUGUGUGACGGGCGAGACGACUGCGGCGACGGCUCCGACGAGAGGAACUGUAACGUCAACGAGUGCUUGAACCGAAGAGUGAGCGGCUGCACCCAGGACUGCCAGGAUCUGUCUGUGGGCUACAAGUGCAAAUGCUGGCCUGGUUUCCACCUGAAAGAUGACGGUAAAACCUGUGUGGAUAUCGACGAGUGCGCCACGACUCUGCCCUGUAGCCAGCGCUGCAUCAACACCUACGGUUCCUUCAAGUGUUUGUGCGUGGACGGAUACGAGGCCCUGGAGCGCAACCCCAAUAUCUGCAAGGCGGUGUCAGCCGAAGAGCCUUUUCUCAUUAUGGCGGAUCAUCACGAGAUCCGCAAACUCAGUGUGGAUGGGUCCAACUACACCAUCUUGAAGCAGGGCCUUAAUAACAUCAUUCAUAUUGACUUUGACUACAAGAAGGAGUUCAUCUACUGGGUGGAUUCGACCAGACCGAGCGGACGCAAGAUCAACCGGAUGCGCCUCAACGGAAGUGACCUCAAGAUCGUUCACAGGACCUCAGUGCCCAGUGCGUUAGCCGUGGACUGGAUUGGGAAGAAUCUCUACUGGUGCGACGCUGAAAGGAAAACUCUGGAGGUCUCCAAAGCCAAUGGCCUUUAUCCCACUGUUCUCAUCAACUCUGGACUCAAAAACCCAACAGACCUCGCCCUGGACCCUCAAACUGGGCUGGUGUUCUGGGUGGACUGCUGUGAGCCUGCGUACAUCGGGCGUAUUGGCAUGGACGGAAGAGGCCAGACGGUUAUCAUUGACACAGAGCUCCUGAGCCCAACCGCUCUCACCAUCGAUUACACCAACAAGCGGCUGUACUGGGCCGACGACAACCACAUCCUCUUCUCAAACAUGGACGGCUCGCAAAGGCACAAAGUGUCCUACGACCACAUCCAGGGGGUAAUGGCGCUCACUCUGUUCGAGGACUUUGUGUAUUGGACCGACGGCAAAUCCAAGUCACUGCGUCGCGCUCACAAGACGACCGGCGUUCAGGGAAUGGAGCUCCUCAAUUCCUGGCAGGCCAUCAAAUCCAUCAAGGUCUACCACUCCCUGCGCCAGCCCGAAGUUCCCAAGCACCAAUGUCAGAUCGCAAAUGGAGGAUGCAGCCACCUGUGUCUGCUGUCCCCCGGCGGAGAACACAAAUGCGCUUGUCCAACUAAUUUUUACUUGGCCGCCGACAAUAAAACCUGUCUCUCCAACUGCACUUCCAGUCAGUUUCGCUGCGGGACUGACGAAUGCAUCCCGUUUUGGUGGAAGUGCGACACGGUGGACGACUGUGGCGACGGAUCAGACGAGCCCGCAGACUGCCCUGAAUUUAAAUGUCAGCCGGGUCGUUUCCAGUGCGGCACGGGGCUCUGUGCGCUGCCUCCUUUUAUCUGUGAUGGAGAGAACGACUGCGGAGACAACUCAGACGAAGCCAACUGCGAGACGUACAUCUGUCUGUCGGGCCAGUUCAAGUGCACCAGAAAACAGAAAUGUAUCCCUCUUAACCUGCGCUGCAACGGCCAGGACGACUGCGGAGACGGAGAAGACGAGACGGACUGUCCUGAGAGUACCUGUUCUCCGGACCAGUUCCAGUGCAAAGCCUCCAUGCACUGUAUUUCAAAACUGUGGGUCUGCGACGAAGACCCAGACUGCGCCGAUGGCUCCGACGAGGCCAACUGUGGCAUGUCUACGGCUACCACCCCCGCCAAAGGGUCGGAUCCGAAGCCGAAGGAGGCUGCAUCCCGCUCAUGCCCUGCGUCAUGCGGGUCUGCCAUCUCAGGCAGGGACCCUCACCCAAUGUGCAUAACCUGCAUGGGUGCUAAACACGCUAAGGCAGCGCUCGCUGACCGCGAGUCCUGCGGGUACUGCUCAUCUAUGCCUGAGAAAAUAUUAGAGAGGAGGCUCAGAGUUGCGGUGGCUCAUCCCCAGGACCCGUUGCUGGCGGGGACCACCGAUAAACCCACAGCCGUCACUCAACAGCCCCGCAAGACUGAACUAUGGUCAGAUAUGCUGAAUGACGAUGACGCUGAUAUGCCGCCAUUAUUCGAGGAUCUGCUCGAUGUGGACCCAGGCGACGAGGGCGCAGACGGCGAUGAUGCCGCUUCUGACUUCCUCGAGGCUGUGGAUAUGGAUGAUGUGGAGGAGGACUCUACAUUCCCAGCGGCCCAGUCCCGACCCUCCAGCGCAUCUGAGGCUGCGACUCCCGUCGAUAGCAGCCUAUAUGAUGUGUGCAAGCGCGCUGCCGCCAAGCUUAACAUAACCUGGCCAGCCGCUGUAGAUGCGGAGGAUGGGGAAAGGGAUUUAUAUGACGGUAAACGACUCCCGCCAGCGCAUCCACCUCCGAAGCAACUUCUCCCUGCUGUCAGCGCGUGCAUGAGAGAGGUGGGGAGGUUUUGGAAUAACCCACUUAGGAGCAAGCUUCCUGUACAGGGCUAUUCAAAGCUGGAGAUCCAUGGGAUGAAGGAGGUGGGGUUGGCCGAACCCCCAGCGGUGGAGCCUUCAGUGGCUUUUCACCUCCAUCCUAAUCGCCGUUCCGUCUCAGCCUCAAGGGAACUACUUGAGGAAAUGGGACAACAGCUGGACUCCGGGUCUCCUAACCCGGUCCUCUGGGAGGAAAUCUGCGUGGUAAAUGAUCUCAUCCUACGCUCUACUCGUGGAGCUGUCCAGGGCUGCGACCAUGUCAUGGGACUGGCCGUAGCGGGUGAGAGGGGUCUAUGGCUCAACCACUCAGGUCUGACAGACGCUCAGAAGGCUGAAGUUAUGGACACUGCUUAUGACCCUACCAAAGGUCUAUUUGGUCCGGCCCUGGAGAAGAUGAAGGAGACCAGUACCCUCCGUAAAGAGGAGGGUGCGGCCUUUAAUCUCUGUCUGCCAAGGAAACAACCUCCUCGUCCAGCGCAGCCCCAGAGAGCGGGCCCCUCUGGACAGACAGGCCCAAGGGUUCCCAGGGCGGGCCCUGGGCCGCAGAGGGGGGCAACCCAGCACCCUGGCCAGCAUUCCAACCAGCAUUCUGGCCAGCAGCAACGGUCAGGCAACUCUAGACCAUGGGGAAAACACUCCUAUGCUGCGGCUGCAGCAAAAAACCGCUCUUCUCAGCCCGGGGAGAGCAAAAAGAAGCGCAGUUCCUAG